AUGCAAUUCUCUCUUCUCCCAAUCUCGACCCUCAUUUCCCUCGCCGCAGCUCAAACAAUCACUUUCUCUGCAAACCCAGCUACGUCCACAACAUGUGCAGGCCAGCCAGUACUUGAUCUGUGCUUAGCAUCAACAAAACUCAUCGUCGCUCAAUGUGGAUCAACAGAUUGGGGUUGUCUCUGUCAAAAAUGGAAUGAUGUCCUGACGUGCUAUACAGCAUCUGGCUGCUCCGAAGACGCGGGUAUUGCUACUGCUCAAAAUAGUAAAGACACCUACUGUGCCCAAGCAUCUAUCUACACAUCCACCACAUCCAGUGCCAUUAGCCGCGACAUCCCAACAACCACCACAGCUACCACGGCUACGGGAACGGACUCCAGCUCUGCGCAGACUACCGGGAACAAUGGCGAUGUGAGAGUUGAGAGUACGUCCAGCGGAACUGCCACUGGUGCUUCAGCCACGCAGUCGGGCAAUGCUGCGAGCAAGGAUUUGGUUGUCGGGGCUGGGAGUAUGAUGAUGGGUCUUGCCGGCUUGGUUGGUGCGUUCUUGUAG